CCAGUCCGGUGAGUCGAAGCAUAGAGACACGUAGAGAGCGGCGCGUAAGGGCCUAGGCCGGAAUCGAACCGCGGUGUCUUGGUUGGCUCUUCUCUCUUUCUCUCUCCCCUCUCUCUCUCUGUCGUCUUCUCUCACUCUCUCUCUUUCUCGCUCUCUCCGGCACGCACGAACGCGCGACGCACGCAAGCAGGCGAGUGAGCGAGCGAGUGAACGAGCGAGUGAGCGAGCGAGCAAGUGAGUGAGCGAGCACGCACGGCAGCAGCAGCAGCAGCGGUGGCUCCCUGUCCGCGCACUGUCCGGUGACCGACCGUAGUUCGGCUGUGUCCGUCCGUCAUAUUAUAUUCCCGGCCCGAGAGAGAGCAAGGUUGCUGGCACGUAGUUGGUGUUGCGACGCAGGAGGCGGUGGGGACGGACGGACGGACGUACGGACAUACGGCGGGUGUGCGAUUCGCGGUGUGCGCGUACGAAGCGGCGGAACGAGGAGCAGCGAGAGAGCGGUUUGGGACUGUGCCGGCCAUGGAGAAGCGGAUAGAGCUCGAGAAGCGGGGCAGAAACCCCGGCGACAUCAAAGAACUUGUUCUUGAUAACUGUCGGAGUACGCAAAUCGUGGGUUUGACAAGCGAGUUUGUCUCCCUAGAAUCAUUAAGUCUCAUCAAUGUGGGUCUUACCAGUCUAAAAGGCUUCCCAAAGUUACCCAGUCUUAAAAAGCUGGAGUUGAGCGACAAUCGGAUUUCGGGCGGUUUAAAUCUGCUCGAUUCGAGUCCCAAAUUAACUCAUCUGAAUCUGAGUGGGAACAAGAUCAAAGAUCUCGACACGCUACAGCCGUUGAAAGAGUUCAAUAAUCUGAAGAACCUGGAUCUCUUCAACAAUGAAGUGACAAAUAUGGAUAAUUAUAGGGAGAAAGUCUUCCAUCUGAUCCCUAGUUUACGAUAUCUCGACGGAUUUGAUGCUGAUGACGACGAAGUUGAUGAAAGCGAGGACGACGAAGUGAACGGAAACGAAGACGGAGAUGGCGACGCUAAUGAAGAAGAGAGCGAAGAUGUUUCAGACGAAGAAGAAGAAGAAUACUUAGAUGAUGAGCCAGGAUUAGAUGUCGUCUACAAAGAAAACCUCGAGGAUGACAGUGACGAAGAAGAUUAUAUGGGAGAAGAAGAGGAAGAAGACGAUGAGGAAGAUAACGAGGAUGAAGAGCAAGACGAGGAGGAAGAAUUGUCACCAGUACGAGGAAAGAAAAGAAAACAUGAAGACGGAGGCGAUUCAGGGAACUAGAACACUUAAGAUGGAGGCAAAUUUCUGGUACUGUUGAAUGAGUGUAAAAUUCGUAUAAAUAAUAAUAAUUGCGACGCCGAGUGAACAGCUGGGAAUCAAACUAACCGACCGACCAAUGACAGACUCUACAGUUAGUGAUGUGAAUUUAUCAGUAAAUCAUUGACUGAGGAAAAUUGUCUGUGUAACAACAAAAGAUUUGCCGUUGAAGGAGAAACAGAAUAUGAAUGGAAGAUACGAGAGAUAUAAGGGGAAGAAAAUGUAUGAUGCUGACAUAAAAAUAGGGCUGCAUUCCAGCUGGACACAGCACAGUUUUAGUUAUACUAACGAUAUUUUAUAUAGAGUAUAUAGUUAGAGUAUUAGUGAUGUUGCAUAUAGAGUGCACGGAAGAUCGAAUAUUAAAUGAAUCGUGAAGAGAAAGCGUGAAAGAAGGAGAGGGCGAAAUUGGUAGAAAGAAAGAGAGAGAGUGAGAGAAUGAGAGAGCGUGCGCACAAAUAUACGCGCACGUGUAUGUGUGUGUGUGUGUGCGUACGUGCGUGCAUGUGUACGUAUGUAUGUAUGUAUGCGCGCGAAAGAGACAGAAAUAGAGAAGAAGGUGGCAAUGGAGUUUUACACUUGAAGGAGCAUAUUUGUCUGUUAGCUCCAGUCGGCCAAAGGCUGGUCACGCUGGAAUGCGGUCAUCGUUAAUCAGUACUAAGGUUACAUAAGUUACAUUUUAAAUACAUUAUUAUUGUACCGUGAAAAAAAAUAAGUAUAGAGUAAAUGCGAGGAACAACUUUUGUACAGGUUUACACCAUACAUCGAGGUGCAUUAUAUGCCUCUGUGAUUUUUGGGACAGAAAAUAAAGAGAGAAAUAUAUGUUGCUCAUGUAUGUGAGCGUAUAUAUCCGACGAGGGUGGGACGGGAUCGAGUAGUAAGUCAAAAGAAAAAGAAAAAAAAAACAGAAAAGAAGAAAAAAAGGUAACCGGGAGUCGCUGUGAACGAUGUCGAACAUACGUUAGCACAUUUCUUCCUCUUAGAAAUGUGCGACUCGGUAUCAACGCGAAACGGCUAUCGGGUUUAGCGGGUAGAAAAGUAAAGAAAGAA